GGGGCAGACAGUCAAUGUCGGGUAGUUUAGCAAGUACCUCAAGUAACUCGUGGAAGCGGGUCACAAAACUCUUGUGCUCGAACUAUCCGCUGCUGCUCCUGCUGCCUGCUGCUUUCCCUCCAUGAUCUGAGAUGCAUCUGCUUGCAAGACGGUGUUGCAGCCACCCCGGCAUCCGUGCCCUACAUCUUUCGAGAAUUGUUGCUCCACGAUGGGCCGAGCACAGUUCAUCGCUUGAUACCCAUAGACCCCUUUCCCCUUUUCUUGUGCGGCGGAAUUACAUCCAGGCUUCAAAAUUUCCGCGAUGGGCCGAGGCGAUUGUCAUCGGGGGUGGGCCUGCUGGCAUCGCUGCCGUCGGCACCCUCCUCGACCACAUCCCGGAAGGCACGAUAGUUUGGAUAGACAGGUCGUCAUUUAAGGGUGGCAGCAUUGGCCAGCUCUAUCGUGAAGUUCCCAGCUACUCUCCGGCGGGCGACUACCUGCGGUAUGCUCGCACACCCAAGUCCUUUAGAGAUAUCGUCAAUGCGGCGCCUAAACCAAAUGCCAUAACGGCAUUGGAGGAACUCCAACCCGACAUGACGUGCUCGCUCAGCUACGCCGCCGACAUGCUCGAGCUCAUUACCAACGGCUUGCUCAAGCACGACCGAGUUGAGCCGGUAGUGGGAAACGUCACGAAUCUGGGCCGGAAUCCAGGGACGAGACGAUGGUAUGUGACACUCGAGCCCAACGAGAUCGGUCACGACCAGUCCGUCCUUAAGUACCAGACGCCCAUGGUAGUCUACUGCACCGGCUCCCAUCCCAUAACAACGGAACUGCCCCUCGACAUCCCCCGCCUGAGCCUCGAAACUGGGCUCGCCCCAUCUCGCCUGGCCAAGCUCCUCCCCACCGACAAGCCCUGCACCGUGGCCGUCAUCGGCGACGGCCACAGCGCCGUGCUCACCCUGCGUAACCUGUUCUACCUCGCCGCCAUCUCCCACCGCCACCUGCGCAUCCGCUGGUUCACGCGGACGGCCAACCUCCGCUACGCCGAGGAGACCCCCGAGGGCGUCAUCCUGAACGAGAAUACCGGCCUGAUGGGCGAGGCCGCCCGCUUCGCACGCGCCCAGCUCGAGGGCGACAAGCUGGAGACGUCAGACGCCGGCGCCUUCAUCACGCGCGUCAUCCUGCCGACGUCCGCCGGCAACGACGAGUCCGCGACGCGGAGCCCGGAGGAGCUCGAAUCGGAGGUGCUCGCGCAGAACCUCGAGGGCGUCGACUACGUCAUCCAGGCGAUCGGGUUCACGCGCAGCAGGCUACCCGCAUUGGUUCCUAGGUUGAGUCCCUACCGCGACCCCUUGGGCAAGCCGAAGCGGAUGGUGUUCAACGCCCUGACCGGGUGGUUUUUCCCGAAUUUCGCCUCCCGGUCUAACGUGAUCGGGCUGUUUGGCGCCGGCAGCGCAUUUCCCGAGCUCGAGUUCACUUCGGAGGGAUGGAGGAGCCCGGCGGUAAGCAUCUGGAAGUUCAUGAGGUUCUUGCAGAGGAUGGUGCCGAAGUGGAUCGAGGCGACCAAGAAGGGGAAGUUUGCGGAACCUCCGAACCGUCAGGAAUGCAUUGAGGAAGCGCCAAGGGUUGUUCCUCCGGAACGUCUGGAAUGCAUUGAGGAAGCGCCAAGGUUGCACGGUGGAGGCUCCUCUUAGCUUGGGGUAUUUGGGGGGUUAUGUAGGAUAAGACUGACUGUACAGUAUCACAAGUCCGAGCCUUGUAUUCCGUACACUACAUAUGAUUGCAUUCACGGUCCGGCUGGACCGUGUUAGCCCUGGACAUUUGCGGGGGUGCGCUAAAAGAAGGAGUAGGCAUUAGGGUGGCGGGGGUUCACGAUUUCAAGGGAUUUUAAAAUAGCUAUCGCCAACAACGAGCCCGUCUUCCCAGUCUCGCUCAUGACAAUGACACGCACUGAACAUCU